AUGUUUCCUGUAUUUAUUCUGGUUUCCAUGACUGUUUUGGCCAUCAGCACUGUGAUGACAGUGUUCACAAACUCAUUCAUCAUUGCUGUAAACCUCAUAGACAAAUGUAAGGGUAAGAACCUCAGCCCAUCCGACUUCAUUGUUGUGACUCUAUGUUUAUCCAACAUUUUAUUUCAGUUAAUUAUGUUGUUUAAUGAUUAUAUGAGUUUCCUGGAUGGCGAUAUCUACUUCACUGAUGAAGUCUACAUUAUAUCCACUGUUAUGCUCAUUCUUCCAAUCUACUCCAGCUUCUGGUUCACAGUUUGUCUCUCCAUUAAUUAUUACUUGCAGAUUGUCAUAGCAACACAGCCAUUGUUAAUUAAAUUGAAACUUGCAUCUGCCCAGGUGAUCCCGCAUCUUAUACUGGCUUCCCUUUUUAUAUCAUUAGCUACUGGUCUUCCUGCAGCCUGGAAUUUCAGCCAUGAUCCCCAAAAUGUCAGCGUGUCGAGUAAUCAGAGUGUGGAAAUCUCUGUUCCAAGCCUAAAUGUUGUAUAUCUACUACCAAGUACCCUCAUCAGUUGUUCCAUUCCAUUAAUUUUGGUAGGAAUUGCCAAUGGACUCAUUAUCAAGACACUUGUGAUCCACACUCACAAGUCAGACAGAAACUCAAAGGGAGAUCUCAGCGCUCGGGCAGAAGGUCGGAUACGUGCAGCAAGGACUAUAAGUUGCCUUCUCUUCCUAUACAUAUCCUUUUAUAUAUCAGAGAUUCUCGUCUUCAUAGAGAUCUUCCCCCAAAGUAGCCCAGGAUUCUGUACCUGCCUAAUGGUGAUGUAUAGUUAUUCCCCAGCACAGUCAAUUGUCCUAAUUUUUGGGAGCCCCAAACUAAAACAAGUGUUACUUAAGGUAAUCCAUUUUAUAGGUGGUCUCAAGAAACAAAACCGUAGUGCACCGACAGUCUUGUUUAUCAAUCUCAGAACAAAGGAAACAGCUAUCUUACCAGACGAGUGAACAAUGGACAAUUAUAGUGCAACACAGAGCCGGCCAUAGGCAUAGGCAAACUAGGCAAUUGCCUAGGGCAUUUGAUAUGCCUAGGGGCAUCAGCUGCUUCUGCUGAUUAAAAUGAUAUGCGGCAUGCCUAUAUUCUGUGUGUAGCAUUUCAUAUGCAGAUACAGCCACAGUCUCACACAGUAUAUAGGUAUGCUGCAUAUAAUUUUAAUCAGCAGAAGCUGCUUGUGCA